AUGCCGCCAGCCCAGAUGCUGCCGAACGUCGUGAGUGGACCGAACGGGCAGAUGCGAUUUGCGCUUCCGCAGCAGCCAUUGCCGCAGAUGUCGGGAGGCAGACACAAGAAAGAAAUCAAGAGACGGACGAAGACAGGAUGCCUGACGUGUCGCAAGCGGCGUAUUAAGUGCGACGAAGGCUCACCGUCGUGUCGAAACUGCCAGAAGAGCAAACGCGAGUGCUUAGGCUACGACCCCAUUUUCAAGACACAGCCAGGUCCCGCCAACAUCCAGCCCGCACCGACAGGCAAUAAUCCGCAAGCCAGCGCGUCCGCGACCCCCAACACACUGCCCAUAAAUCCAUACCAGCAUCCACAGACCUACCCGGGACAGGGCGCUGGCGCAUACGCACCGGCUGCACGUCCUCCGCCGUACGGGUCAGAACCCGCCGGCCUCGAGCACAGCACGGCGUCGCUGGACCCAGCCCUGUCUGGUGGCGAUACAAACGCACACAUGGCGCACAACAACUACGCACCUCCACUGCAGCCUCAGCGGAAAGUGAAACCGGUCCAGAUAGAUGAGCUAUUUUGUCUCAAUGACAUUCCGCCACGUUACAACUUAAGGGAAGCGCCGCCGCCUGUAUCGCAAGCAAGCGCAACUGAGAUCGAGUCCUUCUACAAGUUUCAUUACGCCAGUGGGCUUGACCGACUGUUCGAGACAACAUGGUACACAGAACGUGGUCUCAACUAUGUGAAAAAUGACGCACUCCUCCAUGAUUUUGUAGCGCAAUGCGCCGAACAGUUCAAGUCCAGGUCGCAGGCAGACAGCUCGGAUGGCAAGCCUUUACGAUCGCUCGAGGCGAGGCUGGUAUGGCAGCUUGCAGCCAUGCCACGAUUCGCGGCGUCCACCGCCAACGGGUCGGGUGCUGAUCCGGCUGUGUACGAACUGUUGCCUCGAAUAGACGCCAUGGAGAAUCUCCUGACCGGCCAAUACCUGGACCCAAGUAGAAUACCUUCACCACCUCAGCAGCCGCCGCCGAGUGAAAGCAGAGACUCGCAACAAGCUAACCAGAAGUACAACGAGCUCUUCUUCUGGCAUCACCUGGCCAGAUUCGUUGCAGUACGGGACGACAACCCUGCUGCGCUGAAAGACGUCUCGGAUGCAUUACUCACACUUCGCAACGUUCUUAAUAUGCUUGAGAAUCGCGACGUGCUAUACUCCAUGGCCAUCACCCGACACAUCGGCGGUCGAAUGCCUGAUUUCCACCCUCAACGGCAUUUGGUCACUUCAACCAACGAUCCCAACGACGAUGUCAACAAGCUGAAAGUGGCACAACAGUUUGUUGAGGACGAAGACCAGAGAGGGACGACACAUGUCAUCCAGAGAAUGUGCAGUAUGGCAAUCAGGUCUUGGAUGCUACAGAAGCAAUAG